CAUACAACACAGCUUUAACUGUACGGAUAACAGUCUCUCUGCAGAGCUUCAUCCAUAUGCUGACAACUAUGUCUACUUACACCAGCGUUCUUAUUCUCAUCACUCUUUGGGUUUCCAUGCAGGAAGGUUUGGGUCUUCCGGUGGUGAAACAGCUGGGAGUGGAAGCCUCUGACAGUGUCCCAGCACAGAGACAGAGGGCCAAGCGAUGUGCCUGCAGCAGCCCGCUGGAUAGUGAGUGCCACUACUUCUGCCACCUGGAUAUCAUCUGGGUCAAUACGCCGAGUAAGACAACAGUUUAUGGUCUAGGCAGUGCUCUGUCCCGUCGCAGAAGGUCCACUUGUCGCUGCACCUGUCCCAAUCCUGAUGAUCAAACCUGCACCAACUUCUGCAAUCGCAGCCCUGAAACCUCUGUAAAAACACGUCAACUCAACAUACUCAGCAUCCUAAGAGCUGUGGCGAGCAGGUCCAGAAGAGAUCUGGAUGAACUUAAAUCUAACAAGGCUCAGAGGAAGAACGCUCGCUAAAAAACAACUUGGCUGGUGAGGCAGCGACAGUGAGAGAAAGAGAGAAGCGAGCACCUGAACAAAUGGCACUCCUUUGAUAGAGAGGGGGUAAACAAGGGGCCGCUGAAAGACCUGACACAGGAAGGCCGGAGUGCCACAGAAAGUCUUUUUGUGCCCUGGAAUAGAGGGUGGAAAACGUGACAGAGUUCUGAAAACACAUCAUAGAAACAGAUGUGGUGGAUCAGCACUGAGAGAAGGAUGGAGAAUGCUGUGCCUGCGAUCAUGUUAGAGAUGGAGCAGUUGUUUCCAAUCUAUCUAAGGCCAGCACUGACAUAGACGGAUGUAACAGUGAGGAAAAGACAUGCAUGCUGUACAUACAUGUACAGGAAUUUCUCACAUACAUGGCAUGUGUUUACUCAUUAUUUUGUAAAAUACAAAAUAAUCUCUUUCUUUUUUGGAUCAACAGAUUAAUUAUAUUACAACCUAUAGAAUUACUUUUGUUUUGAGUGACUUAAAGGAAAGAUUUAAGUUUUGUAGAAUA